GCAGGCAACUGAGACUCUAAUCUUUCUAUUUUAUGUACAGCUGUAAUCAUUCCUCAGCAGCAGAACACUUGUUAGAUACUCAGGAUACUACAGAGAACUCUCAAACCUUUGCUAAGGACAGGUGAUGAUUUGAAAAGCACUCCCAUUCACACGCUGGAGGCAAGCUCCCCUCAACAUUCCUUGUACCCUGGUGACCAUGUGUGCAGGCACCCCUGGAGCUCAGACUGACACAAAGCAUAAACUGAGGAAUGACUAUGGGUCUCUUGGGCCCCUGAAGUUUGAUGUAUCUGAAUAGGUAACUAUUACAUAUAGGGAGCAGGUCUCUAUUAAUCUGUGCACCCUGUUGUUGGUUUGGAAAUGGAGCAGAGAAGAGAGACAGAAAAUUCCAGCGCUCUGAGCAGCAGUUGUGGGAAGAAAGGUCAGUAGUGUGGCUCCGCAGAGUAAAGGAAGGCAGAGUGCCUCUGAGAAACUUGGCCUUCUUACAACACUGUUGUCUCAGAUCAGCUCUAAAUUCAGCCCCUCCACUCGAAAAAUAACUCCAAUUCAAAACCCAAUCCAGACAAAUACCAAACCAAACAAAGGCGUUAUAAGAAAACUAGAGGUGCCGCCAUAUCUGCUGCUGCUGCCGCAGGUGCAAAUGCAGUGUCGGGACCCGGCUGCCUCCACGCCGCCGCCAAGGGCUGAAGACGAUGGAUCUGGGCAGCAGCAGCAGCAGCAGCAGCAGCGACUCGGCUCCCGACUGCUGGGACCAGGUGGACAUGGAAGCACCGGGUUUGGCCCUGAGCGGGGACAGAGCCUUCUUGGCGUUGGCGGCGGCUGCCGCCGAGGUGCAGCAUGAGCCCCUCAGCUCGGCCUUUAGCCGUCAGCUCAACAUCAAUGCCAAACCCUUCGUGCGUAACGUCCAUGCUGCGGAGUUCGUGCCGGCCUUCCUGCGGGGCCCGAGCCAGCCGCAGACCCACCCCCCAAAUGACGUCCCCGGAUUCUAUGAAACCUGUACGGGCGCGGGCGACCCUCAAGGUAAAAGGCUGGGACGUGGAGGGGGGGGGGCACCUGUGGAACAUUCCAAAGAGGAACAGUUAUUGUGGCGUGAAGGUUCCAAUUCAGCCGUUACCAUGGAACUCUCAGAACCUGUUGUAGAAAAUGGAGAGGUGGAGAUGGUUUUAGAAGACUCAUGGGAGCACAAUAAAGAAGUAAGUGAAGCCGAGCCAGGGGGUAGUUCUUUGGGAGAUUCGGGGCCCCCAGAAGAAAGUGGCCAGGAAAUGAUGGAGAAAGAGGAAAUCAGAAAAUCGAAAUCUGUGGUUGUACCCUCAGGUGCUCCUAAAAAAGAACAUGCAAAUUUGGUAUUCAUUGGGCAUGUCAAUGCUGGGAAGUCAACCAUUGGAGGACAGAUCAUGUUUUUGACAGGAAUGGUUGACAAAAGAACACUUGAGAAAUAUGAAAGAGAAGCUAAAGAAAAAAAUAGAGAAAGUUGGUAUUUGUCCUGGGCCUUAGAUACAAACCAGGAAGAACGAGACAAGGGUAAAACAGUAGAAGUGGGUCGUGCCUAUUUUGAAACAGAAAAGAAACGUUUCACGAUUUUAGAUGCCCCUGGCCAUAAGAGUUUUGUCCCAAAUAUGAUCGGUGGUGCUUCUCAAGCUGAUUUGGCUGUACUGGUAAUCUCUGCCAGGAAAGGAGAGUUUGAGACUGGAUUUGAAAAAGGUGGACAGACAAAAGAACAUGCAAUGUUGGCAAAAACGGCAGGGGUGAAAUAUUUGAUAGUGCUUAUUAAUAAGAUGGAUGAUCCCACAGUAAAUUGGAGCGUUGAGAGAUAUGAAGAAUGUAAAGAAAAGCUAGUGCCCUUUUUGAAAAAAGUCGGGUUUAGUCCCAAAAAGGACAUUCACUUUAUGCCCUGCUCAGGGCUGACUGGGGCAAAUAUUAAAGAGCAAUCAGAUUUCUGCCCUUGGUACACCGGAUUACCAUUCAUUCCCUAUUUGGAUAAUAUGCCAAACUUCAACAGAUCCAUUGAUGGACCAAUUAGACUGCCAAUUGUGGAUAAGUACAAGGAUAUGGGCACUGUGGUCCUGGGAAAGCUGGAAUCAGGAUCCAUUUUUAAAGGCCAGCAGCUUGUGAUGAUGCCAAACAAGCACAAUGUGGAAGUUCUUGGAAUAUUUUCUGAUGAUGCUGAAACUGACUAUGUAGUCCCAGGUGAAAACCUUAAAAUCAGACUGAAGGGGAUUGAAGAAGAAGAGAUUCUUCCGGGAUUCAUACUCUGUGAUCCUACUAAUCUUUGCCAUUCUGGACGCACAUUUGAUGUUCAGAUAGUGAUUAUUGAGCACAAAUCCAUCAUCUGCCCAGGUUAUAAUGCAGUGCUGCACAUUCAUACUUGUACUGAGGAAGUUGAGAUAACAGCCUUAAUCUCCUUGGUAGAUAAAAAAUCAGGAGAAAAGAGUAAGACACGGCCCCGCUUCGUGAAGCAAGAUCAAGUGUGCAUCGCCCGUUUAAGGACAGCAGGAACUAUCUGCCUUGAGACAUUCAAAGAUUUGCCUCAGAUGGGUCGUUUUACUUUAAGAGAUGAGGGUAAGACCAUUGCAAUUGGCAAAGUUCUGAAACUGGUCCCAGAGAAGGACUAAGCAGUUUUCUUGAUGCCCCUAUACCAUACUGGGAGAAGUGACUAUGAUAAAGUUCACCAUCUUCUCUUAUUUACUACACAUUGACGAACUUUUCUCCAUCUUUUGCAAAGAAAAAUUUCACAGCAAAAAUCCAUGUUUUGUCAGCUCUCAUGCUGAGAUCUCAGUUAUGUCACUGCUGAAUUUACCCACAAUGUCCUCCUCCUAUUCCAUUCUGCUUCCUUGAACAAAAUCAGUAAAAUCUUUGUAACUGA